GCUGUUGGAGUUACACCCUCAACGGACAGCAAUGUGGCCAGGUCAUCCAGAAUAAUACAAUGUUACAUCUCUUGGUGAUCCUCUCAGGGCUGGGCCCACUGACAUCGGUGGCCCUAAGAUAUGAAAUGCUCUUUCCAAGCAUAAUAGUGCCGGAGAAGAUUGGAACAAGCACCCACCAAGGCCAUGUUUCAGAAACACAAGUCACCUACAAGCUCAAGAUUGGGGACAAAUUCCACACUCUUCUUCUUGAAAAACAGUCAUUUUUAUCGCCUAAUUUCAUGAUGUAUUCAUACAGUGAAUUUGGGACACAGAAUAUGCUUUCUUCAAAAAAGCUGGAUCACUGCUUUUACCAAGGGCAUAGUAAAGAGCUUCCCAGAUCAUCGGUGACACUAAACACCUGCUCUGGACUCAGAGGAAUAUUGAUGUUUGAGAAUGUCACUUACAUAAUUGAACCAUUGGCAACUUCAUCUGAUAAUGAACAUAUCAUAUUUCAAGCAAAUACUAGUAAAAUUGAUUAUCUACCUUUACAACAAAAUCAACAUUUGACUCAAUAUGCAAGCAAUUUCUACAAGAUUCUGGACAAAUCCGAGAAAAUGUCAGACAUUGUGCUACGGAAUAGAACUCUGAAAAUACGCAUUUUUAUGGACAAAGCCAUGUAUGAUUUCAUGGGCUCUGAAUCGGAACUGGCAGCUGAAAAGGUUGUUUUCAUCUUAGCUCUUGUUAAUUCUAUGUUUUCUCAGUUUAAAAUAACCAUUAUGCUGUCCUCUCUGGGACUCUGGUCAGACAAAAAUAAAAUUUCAACAAAUGGAGAUGCUGAGGAAAUACUGCAAAGAUUUCUGUCAUGGGAAAAAAAAGAUCCACUGAAAAGACCCAAUGAAAUAUCCUAUUUAUUAAUUUAUACAGACCAAGCUGACUUUGUGGGAACAACAUAUUAUGGAACGGCAUGCGAUGCAAACUUUGCUAUAGGAGUUGUUCUGUAUCCAAAGAUGAUAACGUUGGAGGCAUUUUCAGUUGUUGUGGUACAAUUGCUUGGAAUUAAUCUGGGAUUAAACUAUGAUGACGUCUCCAAUUGUUACUGCCCAGGAACUGUUUGCAUAAUGAAUCCUAGUGCCAUACAAUCCAGUGGUCUGAAGUUUUUUAGCAGUUGCAGCACGGAAGAUUUUAAAAAGUCUGUGUCACAGCCUGCAUUGGAAUGUCUUCAGAAUGAAAAAGUUCCAAAAGUGACUUACCAAGGAAAAGCUUCAAUUUGUGGCAAUGGCAUUUUGGAAGCAUCUGAGCAAUGCGACUGUGGCCUUCCAAAGACAUGCAGACACAAAAGGUGCUGCAAUCCUGCGGACUGUACACUGAUCGGCUAUUCCGAGUGUGGCAGUGGACCAUGCUGUGAUUCAAAAACAUGCACGAUAGCCAGUAGAGGAAGACUGUGUAGGAAAAGCAGUGAUUUCUGCGAUUUUCCAGAAUACUGCAAUGGGACAUCUGAAUUUUGUGUACCUGAUAUUAAAUCCGCUGACUUGGAACCAUGCAGUAAUAAGACUGCCUACUGCUUGAGAGGAAAAUGCCGAGAUCGAGACAGGCAAUGUUUACAACUAUUUGGAGAAUUUUCCAGGAGUGGCAAUUAUCUGUGUGAAGAAGAAAUUAAUAUGCAUAAUGACAAAUUUGGAAACUGCAGGGGAAAAUGCGAGUUUGUUAAUAUCUUCUGUGGAAAAUUAGUUUGCUUGUGGUCAUCAUCAGACUUAUCGACCCCGGUGGCUCACGAUGUACAAUACAUACAUCUUGAUGGCAAAAUCUGUGUGUCUGCAGCAUUAAGAAAUGCAACACAAGAAAAUGAUAAUACCUACGUGGAAGACGGUUCAACAUGCGGUGAAAAAAAGGUAUGUCAAAAUGGAAGAUGUAUUUUGAUCAGCACUUAUGAAGAAAAGCCCAACUGUGAUUCAAAAGUAAAGUGUCAAGGGCAUGGGGUUUGCAAUGAGCGUCUUAAUUGCCAAUGUGAUGCUGGAUAUUCUCCGCCUGCCUGUGACCCCAUGCCGGAUUCACCGGGGGGCAGCAUUGAUGACGGGUUUUGGCUCCCUACAAGAAAUACUUUCUUGUACUUUAAAAGCCAACGUUCUGCACCAACAAAAGGCCUUUUGAUCAGUUUAUACAUUUAUGUACCACUCUUUGCUAUCAUUGCUGUCAUUGCUCUAAAGUGGAAUACAUUGAAGAACUUUUGGCACAGAGAUGAACUUUUAAGUGGAGGGUCUGUAUCCAAGGAAAGUAUUAUCAGCAGCAGUGAGUCAUGGAGUGAAAGUCAUUAAGCAAUAACAUCAAGAAGGACCGGAGGAAGGCUCUGACUCAAGAAUGAAAAACCAUGUAUGUCUUUCCUUUAGAUGUGACUUUCAGCUUCCGCUUACACCAAAGAAAAUAAACCCUUUGAUUU